AUGUCGGAUCUUAAUGAGGAACUGGCAAAAUGGUACGAGGAACUACAGAAGCUCCCCCAUGAUUGCCAUCUACUCUGCCCGAAGAUCGACUCCGACGAUCGCGAAAAUUACAAAACCUUUGAUGACCCUGAAUCCCAAAUCACCGUCGAAGACAAAAAACAGCGGAUCGAGGAUGGCCAUCACCGCAUCGAAAUCACGUACUGGAAUAGCCUGAUAUUUGGAUUUGAUAAAAGCGACGCAGGGAAAUGGGCAGAGGAGUUCAAAGAUAGACUCGAGCAUGUGCUGAGGAGUUGCUCUGAAUGCGUCCUCAACUGGCACAUGCAACGCCAGGUCUAUCUGCAAAGAUUUUCUGAAAAAUGGAACGAACAAGUCAUCGAGCACAUCGAACAAAUGCUGAAUCGAAUCGAUAUCGCCAGAAUUAGUUGCAAUCUUCAGUGGGCGAAAGAAUACAUCGGCAAAAUCGAGGAAAGGGGAGAUGUUUUCAAAAAGACGCAGUUGGGAGAGAAGCUGCCAGAAGUUCUUAUUGCUGUCUACGAGGCUCUUUGCUGCAUGCCGUUCAUGUCAACACCUGACCAGCGCGCCAUUUUUCAGUACGUCUUCAUGCGGUUGCAGGGCAAGAGUUAUCUCAAGCUGGGGCGAAGCGAUCCACUCCCUGGCAUGACAUACUUUUUAUUUGAUCAGAAGAAUGAUGACCGUCGAAAAUGGGCACAAGAAAACUGGAAAUUCAUCGACUCUAAAUCGAUGACGGAGGCCCAGUUUGACUGGGCCGUGAGCAACGGAUUGACCAGUGCGAUAGAUGACAUUGCCAGAAUUCAGGUGACUCCUCAGUUCUCGGAUGAAGAACGACUGGCUAUCGAGCGUUUCUGGGAAGGGUUUGAAAUAAUUUUGACCAAGCUGCCAGAGAAUCUUAUUCACAGCCGCCUCCGCAGUCUGGAACUGCGCCAAGGCUCAAGCAUUUACGACCUAUUAUUCCGUCACAUUCAGACCUGUCCUUCGGAAGGUAUGCUGGUUGUGACGAUUCGAGUACUGACAAUCUUCUUAAAAGAUUACCCAAAAGCCUUUUGGGAUGUAAUCGGUGAUGCUCGGCCAAACGUAAUUGCCGACCUGCUCUUUGCUAGUCCUGUUUACAAGGUUUUGCUUCGCCAAUCUCUUGACGACUGCUGGAGUGGGUUCAGCAUGGAUUCUGAUGUUGUACCUUUUCCUACAUCCUGGAUUCAACCUUGGCUUAUGUCUUUGGGUCGAGACCGUAGAUAUGAUGCUUGUGAAGUCCUCAUGCACACACUGUUUGCGACUCUGGCAAAAGAUCCAUUCAUUGGUGAACCGGGGCAAGCCGCAUGUAUUCGUGCUGGCUUUGACGCCAUAAAUUUCACCCUGAAGUCCUUUCUAGAUCCCGAUACACAGACAGCAUCCGGCACGACUCAUUUAUACGCGGGUGGCGCUUUUAAUCUAGUGGUAAAGAACAAGGACCUCAUAUUGGAAAGCCUGCGGCCACCACAAGAUUCACGAGAGGGCUGGACGACUUUCAGAGUCUCCGACGCGGCCAGGUCAGUUCUACAUGCCGCUAUGAAAUUGGAUAUGAAGAUGUUUUUGGAGGAGUUCCAGGCUAUUCACAACAAAAAGCAACUUCAAUCAACAAUUCUCCGUGAGUCAAAGACAUUUUGGGAAACCAUUGUCGAAACAUUCGACUCGUCGGGGGAUCAAGUGACGCUGGCAAAGGAUGUCUUAGUGUCCCUUGGUCCUCUCAUCUCAGUCGAACAAAUACGGCCACGCAAAAGCAUCAACAAACUGGAUGAGUCUAGCCAGCGAUUCAACACAUCACUCGGUAGCAUUGCCGAUGUGCUGGCGAGAAUAUUGGGUCGAGUUUCGGAAGUGGACGCCACCGAUUUGAAUCUCCUGUUUGCAGAUCGAUUGCCCUUUCAGGUUAUUGUAGGGUUAUCCGUCCACGACGAUUCUAACCUGGCGGAAGGCUCAGCGGAGAUCCUCAAAAGCUGGACCGGUGAAUUAUCGCGGAGUGGUGCCAUAGAACACAUGUCUCAACUACAUCCGGAACAAACUCUAUCUUCUAUCGUCUGGACACUGGAGAGAGUUCUUAAACCACCAUUUCCUUGGGGGCCUAUCCGUCCGCUGCUCAAUAUGAGCAGGGACGUUCUCAGGGGAUUGUCCGACCCGACCUCGGGUGUCCUCAGAACAAAGACUCUCAACUCAAAAUCCGUCGCUGUAGUGUUACGCUGGUGGAAUGAGCAGUGGAGAUUCGUUUCAAAGUCCUGUCUCAAUAUAGAAUCUUGGUCAUUUUGCAUUUCAAACGCGAUUAUGACCGAGUUCUGUCGAGAAAUUAUGGAACUAGCCGAAGCUCUUAUUGCAGAAGACGGCCUUCUCACUUCUGCUACUGCUUUGGGCAAAAGUGAACAGGACGUGAUGCCAAUUAUUCUGGGCCCGGCGAAAGAGAACUUUCGGGGAAUGGAAAACAUGAUUCGAUUGAAGGAUAGAUGGUUAGUUGACGUUACCGUUCGAGUGCUCGGCAAGAUCUUGACUAGACUUCGGGAAAAUAAACUGGAAAUCAAUGCCGGGUCACGAAAGCUCAUCACGGACGCCUGCAUUCCUACUGGGACUACCGGAAAGUACCUUCGCUCAACGAAUUUGACAGACCAACAACGGGCUGAAUUGCUUCAAGCCCUCGGCCAUGAUGAAGAAGUUCAAAUAAUACAACUUGGGCCUACUACCAGUGUGGUAGAUCGGACAACUGCUUUAGACAAGGAAAGGUCUAAGAAGCAGAGCAAGCUGGAUGCUUGGUCCAAGUCAGCCCCUCCUGGGACUCCUUCCGAUAAGCUUGGGAGGUCCAAUAGAGAUGACGUCCUGGAAUUUAGCAGAUCUGCUGACAGUCCAAUUCUAAAGCAGCUUGCGGCACAGCAAGCAAAGUCUAAGUCCAAGGGUCCCGACAUGAAGGCUAUUUCGGCACUUAAGGAGAGCAGACAGAGAGAAAGGGCUGAGAAAGCCAAGAGAGAUGCUGAGGCUAUUGCCAGAGCCAAGAAGAUUCGGGGAGAACUUGUCCCAGGAGAAGGAUCUGGAGCCCAGAGUCUUGCAUCAACAGGCAAAGAAAAUGCAAGAAGUGAAAUCAUGGUUAACAGCUCUGAUGAGGAAUCAGACGAUGAUAGUGCAGAUUCUGACUCGGACGGGCAGCUUGCAACAUUGAGCACUGGCGGCCAGAAGGGUCUUGACGAACAUGAAAAACGUCGGCAGCAGGCUCUGCGAGAUCGACUGCGCAGGCCGGUCAAGAAGAUUCGACAGCAGCGUUCAGUUAAGGAAAUGAGAGCUCGCUUGAUCCCUCCUAUGGAUAGACUUCACAACACCAUUCUAGCAUGGGACAUUUUUCACCAAGGCAACGACCCUCCUAAUGGUCCGGCUGCCUCCGAGGUUGCUACAAAGUAUCCCGAUCCGCGGUCGUAUCAAGCAACGUUCUUUCCUUUGCUUGCUUCCGAGGCCUGGCGUUCUUUCGUGACCGCAAAGGAUGAGAUAACGGCUCAGCCCUUCGGCAUGAAACUUGCAAGCAGGGCAAGUGUUGACAGCUUUUUGGAAGUAGCCUUCACUUUACCUGUUGUUCAAAAUCGUGAAAGGGGAGUCUCAGAAGGAGAUAUUCUCUUGGUCUCCGAAGCCGAGAGCCCUCUCCAAAACCCUGUCUCAAGACACUGUCUGGCUAGAGUUCACCGAAUCACGUACAAGAAGGAUCUCAUCGAAAUUACAUACCGUGUCGCAUCACGUAACAACCAACUAUCGACCUUGUUAAUGCCUGGAGUCACUGUCUAUGGCGUCAAGAUAACGAAUAUGACUACCAUCGAACGAGAAUAUGCUGCGCUGGAAAGUCUACAGUAUUACGAUCUCAUGGAUGAAAUCUUGAAAGCUGAACCGUCACCGAUUCUUCGAUACGGGGAGGAAAAGAUUUCGAAUACCAUGCAAAAUUGGACUCUUAACCAUGGUCAGGCUGUGGCGGUACUGGGGGCUCAAGAUAACGAUGGCUUCACACUUAUCCAAGGACCGCCUGGAACUGGCAAGACCAAAACUAUUACUGCAAUGGUUGGGUCAUUACUCUCAGAACAGCUUGCCCAAGCCUCGAACGGCGUGCCUAUGGGCGCUCCACUGCGCCCUUUGGCUGGUGCCAUACCUGCUGGUCAAGGCCGCCCGAAAAAACUUCUUGUCUGCGCUCCCAGUAACGCAGCUGUUGAUGAAUUAGUACUUCGUCUAAAGAGUGGUGUCAAGACUAGCAGUGGAAAGACGAAGCCUAUCAAUGUACUUCGUCUCGGCAGGAGCGAUGCUAUUAAUGCUGCCGUCAAGGAUGUCACGCUCGACGAACUUGUCCGAAAUCGAAUGGAGGGUGACAAUACCAAGGACAAAGCCAAAGCCGAAAGGGACAAGCUUCACGGAGACGCGGCGAAAAUCAGGGAAGAGCUUGCAGAAAUUAGACAGCUCCUUGAUGAAGCUCGUGCACAGGAUAAUCGUAUCACACAAAACACCCUCUCCCGAAAAUUUGACGAGCUAAAGCGGCAGCAAAUGAACAUUGGUAAACAAAUCGACGCAAACAAGGAUAGCGGCAAUUCCCUUGCUCGAGAGAUGGAGAUGCGUCGCAGACAAGUUCAGCAGGAAAUCCUCAACUCUGCUCAUGUGCUUUGUGCAACACUUAGUGGUAGUGGACAUGAAAUGUUCCGCAACUUGGAUGUUGAGUUUGAAACCGUUAUUAUCGAUGAAGCUGCUCAAUGUGUCGAGCUCAGCGCCUUGAUUCCACUCAAAUAUGGAUGCUGCAAAUGUAUACUUGUGGGUGACCCCAAGCAGCUUCCUCCAACCGUUUUGUCUCAGUCUGCUGCACGUUUUGGCUACGACCAGAGUUUGUUCGUUCGAAUGCAACAGAACCAUCCCAAGUCUGUCCAUCUACUCGAUAUGCAAUACCGAAUGCAUCCAGAGAUCAGCAUGUUUCCCAGCAAAGAAUUCUACGAAGGACAGCUCCAAGACGGGCAAGACAUGCUGCAGCUUCGACACCAGCCCUGGCAUCAGAGUGCUCUCCUUGGCCCUUAUCGGUUCUUUGAUGUGGAGGGUGUUCAAGAAAAAGGCAGAAAAGGUCAAUCACUGGUUAACACUAGAGAACUGCAAGUUGCCAUGGAGAUGUAUGACCGUUUCAGCAAAGAGUACAAGCAAUGUGAUCUUACAGGCAAGAUUGGCAUCAUUACCCCAUAUAAAGCUCAAUUGUUUGAGCUGAGGAAUCGUUUUACAAGUCGAUACGGCGAGAAUAUCACUGAUAUCAUCGAAUUCAACACUACAGACGCCUUUCAAGGUCGAGAAUGUGAAAUUAUCAUAUUCUCCUGCGUACGAGCCAGCUCAACGGGAGGUAUUGGUUUUAUGACGGAUAUUCGCCGUAUGAAUGUUGGUUUGACUCGUGCCAAAUCAUCACUGUGGAUUCUAGGAGACUCUAGAGCAUUGGUUCAGGGUGAGUUCUGGAAGAAAUUGAUUGAAGAUGCCAAAGCCAGAGACAGAUACACAAAGGGCGAUAUACUAGGCAUGUUCAGACAACCUUUACGAAGAGCAAGCCCGUCAACCUACCAAGCGCCUCAAAAGGAAUCUCCCAAAGAUAUUGAGAUGCUCGACUCCCCUGUUGCAAAACCUAUCAUGGAUGGUGUGAAGAAUAUCAAAUCAGGACCAUCCAGUGAUCUGCCGGCCUUGAGCAACGAAAACCAAUCCCGAAAGACUACUGACGGCAGUAUACCGAAUGUUGUUCCACGCGGAGCGGGUCUGCCCGUGAUACACACUUCAGACAACCAAGCUUCUGAGCCAAAGAAGCGACCGCUGGACGGGUCAGAGCCUGGACAGCAAGCAGCAAAGAGAGUAUGUGGCAUAUCAGUGGCAGUCCAAACAACCAGCAACCAAGCACAGAUUUCUAAUACCACAGCAGAUUGCGAGUACGCAGCGAGGCGGCCUGAUGGGCAAAUUCGGACAGAAGCCUGUCAAACAGACGAAGCCGCCGCCGCCACCGCCCAAGGAUCCGUCGGCAAUGUCAGUCCUCGGGAUGGUACCCCCGGAACGACCCCCUCCUCCAGCGAUGAAUUCGAAAGCGAUUCCGAUGAAUCAGGCACCGAAUGGGUCGAUGUCGACAUCGGGUCAACCAAGUAG